CAAUAAGCCUAGACAGGCAUGAAUUACAUUUGAUCUAAAAAGUUGUGACAUAGCCUAGUACGCCCGGUCAAUACUUUCCGAUACGCUGCUUCUAGUCUAAAUGCGGAAACCCGUAGACCCGUCAAUCAACCAGUAGACGCGGACUGGGAGUGGAUUAAAAUGGGCAGAACUGCGCUGUGCGCAUUUAGCAAAGUAUGCAUAAUGUCAGACCAUAACUAAUAUUCGAAAGGCUACAUUGCAAAGAGGUUGGUAAAUUGGUUACAAUUUAUCUGUUUUGAUAGCUGUCAUUGGUAGUUUUUAGUAAAUGUAUUUUGAUAGCUGUCAUUGGUAGUUUUUAGUAAAUGUAUUUAUAGUUAUGUGAUACUUUUUUUUAGGCCCAUUGUUAUGGAUUAGGCAGAUUGUUUUACUCAAAUGUGUAUUUUUAACUUGUCAAAGGUCAUUUAAAGGCUACCAUAGUUCUAUGAUGAGCAUCGAGAUACCUGUUGGUUUGAAGGACAUGCUGCAAGGAUACACCGUGGAGGUACUCCGGCGCAGACCGACAGAUUUGGUUGAAUUGGCAAUCCAAUAUUUCACGCGUCUUCAGGAGAGCCGAAACCACGACAAACAUGCUAAAGACAGCCCGGUCAAUUCUGCUCGAAAGGGGGUGGCUUUUGAUAGUAAUUCGUUUGAAUCCGAUGAAGAUGAGGACUCUGAUGACUAUAUGCCACCUCCCACCCCAAAUAAAUACAGUCGCAGAGUAUCUGUGUGUGCGGAGGCCUACAACCCAGACGAUGAUGAGGAUGAUGACUUUGAGCCAAGGGUGGUACACCCCAAAUCAGAUGAGCAGCGUCGCAGACUCCAGGACGCCUGCCGAGAUAUAUUACUGUUUAAAACCCUUGACCAGGAGCAGUUCUCAGAGGUGCUGGAUGGCAUGUUUGAGGUAUUGGUCAAACCACAGGAGCACAUCAUAGACCAGGGGGACGACGGAGACAACUUCUAUGUCAUAGAGAGGGGCGUGUAUGAUAUUAUUGUGCAGAUUGACGGAGUUGGGAAAUGUGUGGGGAAGUAUGACAACAAGGGCAGUUUUGGGGAGCUGGCGCUCAUGUACAACACCCCACGUGCUGCCACCAUCAUGGCCAUCCAGGAGGGGGCACUGUGGGGACUGGAUCGGGCCACAUUUCAUAGACUCAUAGUGAAAAACAAUGCCAAGAAGAGGAAGAUGUACGAAGCCUUCAUUGAGUGUGUACCCCUUCUAAAGUCUCUCGAGCUCUCUGAGAGGAUGAAGAUUGUUGAUGUGGUGGGAAUGAGAGUGUUCAGAGAUGGGGAGUGCAUCAUAACACAGGGGGAUAAGGCAGAUUGCUUCUACAUUGUGGAGUCUGGGGAGGUGAAGAUCAUGAUAAUAAGCAAAACUAAGGCAGGACAGCAGGGUAAUGCAGAGGUGGAGAUUGCACGCUGCUCUAGGAGCCAAUACUUUGGAGAGCUGGCUCUGGUCACCAACAAAUCACGUGCAGCAUCCGUCUACGCCGUGGGAGUUACCAAGUGCUUGGUAAUAGACAUUCAGGCAUUUGAGCGUUUGCUGGGUUCCUGUAAGGAGAUCAUGAAGAGGAACAUUUCCCAAUAUGAGAACCAGCUGGUAGCUCUGUUUGGUUCUAGUGUAGAUUUGAAACAUUAACGUGUAAUUGUCUUUGUAAGAAAUGUCACACACGAACACAAUCCCACAAACAGGUGGAUACACAGACUCUCUUUAGUAGUACUAAAUUAUACACAAAGUGUGCAUACUUACACCAAAACAUAUUGGUUGACAUUUAAUUGUAGACUCUACAAUUGACAUCCAUGUUAUGUGAAUGGCUUCAAAUGACUGACCAUUUUAUUUACAUUUAGCUACUAGUAUUUUCCUUUUUAAACCAUUAUUGUGAUAGUAUCCAUAUUCUUGACCAUGUUGGUAAAUUGUUAAUGUACAAUUCUAGCCCAAUAAAUCUUCCUCAUGCUGUUUUAAACUGAAUUUGACUAAAGGUCAAUGACAAAAUCAAAUAUUAACAUGUACUUUGCUUUAUGUCAAGACUUGUUUCACCUGCAGAUUGUGAGACUUCAUAAAUGUAAUCCCUAAGGGGUCGAUAUGUUGUCAUUGCAUGAAUGGAAGCUGCUAAUUUGCUAUUUGUUUUUUUCAAUUACAUUUUUCAUUAAAACAAAGUUUGUGGUGCACUGUAGUUUAUUGGACUUUAAGUGGUGUGAAAGCCAAGGGUGGCUGGGUGUGUGUAAGGAAGCACAUUAACCCCUCUGAUUGUCAGUGAUUAAAUGCUAUUGAACUAUUGAACGUUCCAUUUAUAAUGAGAUUAAUUUCCAAAUACUUGACAACGUGAAGGGAAAUCCCCUAAC